AGCCCACGUUUACACGUGCGACAACGAACCUCGAAGCACGACAACCACGCUAGAUUUCCCCCGCCUUCGAGCUUAUACAAAUCCUGCCAAAGUAGUUCUGAAGCUGCGAAAUGCUCCAGCGACAGUCUCACAGCCCAUCAUGAGCAACCUCCAACCCCCCAACACCGUGGCGCCAACGCCUACACCAAGCGGCAACAAAGACCCUGGCCUGCGAUACCCCAGCAAUGGAAAGAAUAUCUACAGUCGCCCAUUGAAUAGGACCAAGACGGCUGAGCUGAGCCAGGCGAGCUUUGCGUAUCUGUUUGGCGAGAUGGUGACGUAUGCGCAGAGAAGGGUCAAGGGCAUUCAGGAGCUUGAACAGCGACUUAAUCUUCAAGGCCACUCUAUCGGUCUCAAACUCCUCGAUCUUCUCCUCUUUCGCGAACCAGUGCGUACACAGACUCGACCACUAAGCAUCAUUGCCCUCCUCCACUUCAUAAAGCAAAAUAUCUGGCAGCACCUCUUUGGUCGUCAAGCAGACCGACUCGAGAAAUCCGCCAACCCCGAAACACCAGAUGAAUAUAUGAUCAUCGACAACGAGCCCCUUGUCAAUCAAUACAUCAGCGUACCCAAAGAAAUGAGUCAGCUUAACUGCGCUGCGUACGUAGCCGGUAUUGUUGAAGGUGUCUGCGAUGGAGCUGAUUUCCCGGCAAGAGUUACGGCGCAUACGGUUGCGGAGGGUGAUAUGUGGCCUGGCAAGACGGUCUUUCUUGUCAAGUUUAGACCGGAGGUCUUGGAGAGGGAGGGGUUCUUGGGGAAGAAUUAAGUGGUGAUGAUGGAGUUUUGGAGUUUUUAUGAUGGGCUGGGUUUGAUAGAGACGAAUUGUGUCUUUGGCGAUGUGAUAUCAUGCCUGAU